UUCUUGCUUGAGAAAUUGCUCUUUGAUAAAAAAACGAUUUUUGUAUAUUUGUUUACCAUUUUAAUUUAAAACAAUCACAGUAAGGUAAUAAUUGUUACCCAGAAAUGAUUUCAUAUUGAGAUAAAAAUGGCUGCAUUGGACCUUUAAAAAAUAACUGACGCAUCUCUCUCUCUCUGGAGUCGGCCGCGCUACGCUCGGAUUGCCAUUGGAAACGCAUUAGCAGCUCUCUCCCUUGAUUAUAAGAAGCGGAGAGAGAGGGAGUGAGAGAAGAGAAGAGAAGAGAAGAGAAGAGAAGAGAAGAGAAGAGAAGAAGAGAAGAGAAGAGAGGGGGGGAGUCAGAGCGCACAAUGGCCUCUAAAGAGACCACCGCUGCAGGCUUCAUUAACGUCAGCAGGGAAAAUACAGAGAGCAUCAGGAGGCUCAUUGAUAAACAAUCCAUCAAGUUUGUGCGAGCUGUGAAGCAGGACACCAAGAACGGCAAAUCAGAGGACCGGAUACUGGUUCUGGCAACAUGGCGACUCUAUCUAUUUGCUGUCAAAGUCCCCUCCAAGAUGGAGGUUACUUUCAACUUCCUGGAGAUUCGGGCAAUGAACACUUAUCCAGAGCAUCAGGUUGUAAUAGACACAGACAAGUCGACCCACUCCUUGAGACUGCAGUCACAAGACCACCUUGAUCAAAUGAUGAACCAUGUCAACUAUGCCCUCUCAAGAAUAUUCAACAACUCAAUGUAUGCUCCGGCCAUCUGUCGGGCAGAGGGGGACGUCUCUGAUGGAGUCCAAACGUUUUCACCAAACUCUGAAUCAUCUGUAGAGACUCAGAGAACCUGUGGUGGUUUCUCUGAGACAUACGCAGCUCUGUGUGACUAUAAUGGCAUCGGCUGUAAGGAGGAAGUGCAGUGGGAUGUGGACACUAUCUAUCACUCUCAGGACAACAGGGAGUUCAACCUGCUGGACUUCAGCCACCUGGACAGCAGGGACCUGGCGGUGAUUGUGGCUUCCAUGGCGUACAACACUUGGUUCACCAAGCUCUACUGCAAAGACAUGCGCAUUGGGUCAGAGGUGGUGGAGCAGGUCCUUCACACCAUCAGUAAGUCCAGCAGUCUGGAAGAACUCACUCUGGAGAACGCUGGCCUCAAAUCAGAUUUCCCUCAGAAAAUGGCGACAGCUCUGUCUGAAAACCCUGCCUCUGUGAUCCACUCGCUCAACCUGGCCCACAACCCCCUGGACAACCAAGGAGUGUCCAACCUCAUCCAGCUGGUGUGUCGCCUCAACAAAGGUCUUCGUCUGCUCAACCUCUCCAAGACGUCCCUCUCCUCUAAGGCUGUGGUGUCUCUCUCCCAAGCCCUCUGCUCCAGUGAUGACUACACCAACUCUCUGCUUCACCUGGACCUGAGUAAGAACCCUGGGAUUCUGUCUGGGGAGGAUGCCACGAACAUGUACAUGUUCCUAGCCCAGACAAAUUGCCUGGUUCAUCUGGACCUCUCUGGGACCGACUGCACUGUGGACUCGUUAUUUGGCGCUCUGUUGAGGGGAUGUUGUGCUGAUCUCUCUUACCUGAAUCUCUCCAAGAACUGCUUCUCUCAGAGGAAAGUGAGGGAGACUCUUCCUGUCUUCAGGCAGUUCUUCAGCUCAGCCUUCAGUCUCACACACAUCAACCUGUCUUCUAUGAAGAUUCCUCUAGACACCCUGAGAGCUCUCUUCCUGGGCCUGUCUUCCAAUCCUCACAUCACUGAUUUACACUUGGACAUCAGCGGCUGUGAGCUGAGGUCUGCAGGUGCCGGGGUGCUCCAGGAGCUGUUUCCUAGAGUGGCCUGCAUCGGAACUCUCGACAUAUCAGACAACGGGUUGGAUAGUGACCUGCUGGGGGUCAUCCCAGCCUUCUCCAGACACCCCUCCCUCAAACACCUGCUGUUGGGCAAGAACUUCAACAUCAAGGGCAGGGUACUACAUGAAAUUCUGCAGAAACUAGUUCAGCUAGUGCAAGAGGAAGAGUGUGCCCUGCAGUCCCUCUCUCUGGCUGACUCGCGCCUGCGCUCUCGGGGCACAGUGCUGGUGAAUGCUCUGGGAAGCAAUGCUUGCCUGCGCAAGGUGGACCUGAGCGGGAACAGCCUGGAGGAUGCGGGAGCUAAGAUGCUCAGCAAAGCCCUGCAAAUCAAUGCUACACUCAGGAGUGUGACGUGGGAUCGCAAUAACACAACGGCUACAGGAUUCCAAGAUGUGGCUCGGGCCCUGGAACAUAACUUCACCCUGCAGUACAUGCCCAUCCCCCUCAGUGAUGUCACACAGGCAUACCGAAGCGCACCUGAGAAGAUUGACCAAGCACUGACCAAGAUCCAGCGUGCUCUGCUGAGGAACAACCAGACCCAGAGGUUCUCUCAGAAACAGGCUCUGCGUCUACACCAGGGCCUGGUGACCAGCACUGCUGAACAGGUGAUGGAGCGGCUGUGUGUGCGUGUGCACCAGCAGGUGUGUGUUCUCCGAGGCUUAGAGGAAGGAAAGGAGCUGCAGGCUGCCAGACAGGUCCUGAAGGAGGCCAGAAACUCCCGUGCGCUAUACCCGUCUCUGUGUGAACUGGUUCAUGUUCUCUCAGUGGACGGGCCUGUCAGACAGAAAUUGGACUUUCUGGCAGGAGAGCUGACCAAGGCUGCUGAUAAGGAACUACAGGUGAUAGUGGACUCCAUGGUGUCUCUGUGUCAGGAGCUGUGUCCCAUGUCCUCCUCUGCAGCAGAGAGACUCAACCCUCCGCUCUCCUCCAUCUCAGAACGCGUCUCCAUCCCUCGCUCCACCAUCCGCACCGCCCUGAUGGAAAGAGCAGCACAGGACAUCAACAGAGCCCUGGAGGAGGUGAAGCUGUCUGUGGUCUCCUAUCUGACCAACUCCAUAGUGGAUCAGAUCCUUCAGGAGCUCUACACCACUCACAAAACCCUGCUUCGUCAGGUGUCCCAGGUGAAGCGUUGGGAUGAUGGAGGAACAGGCAGACACACCAUCAGAAUCACAGACUCACUGGACUUCCCUGAUGAGGAAGGUCUGGGCAUGAACAUCGACACUAUUGCCAUCAAGAAGCGCAGCGCCAGAACCCGAAGGAUUCGGCCAGUGUCCACCAGACUGAGUCUGGGUGAUGAUCCCACCUCCUCCCCUCCUCCCUCAGCCCUGUCUCAUUCUGCCCCCCUGUCCCGCUCAGCAUCAUGGGAGUGUCUAUCCACACUGCCUACCCAUGGUGCACCACUGCGCCACGUGACGAACGCCAGGCCGCGGCCCCCUCGAAGGCACAGCCGAGGACAAGUCCCUCUGGACACACACUGUUCAGAGAACGGAGGAGUCAACCUGCUGGAGGAUGGACUGCCUGAUUUCUACACCAAGAGAGUCCUGAUUGACAGUCAGCUGUCAUCACUUCAUCAAGCUCAGUCCCUGAGGAGGAAGAAGAGACGCAGUGUGCUGUCAAUCUUCUCCGGGUUCCGCAAAAAUCGCAACUCCACCAUCUCCAAUCAGGAAACGGAGUACGGAGGGAGUCAUGAAAAUAGUGGCUCAGAGAAUGUGUACUCUAUGAUUCAGCACCCUAAGGAUCCUGGGAAGGUGGAGGCCAUCAUUGAGGUGGGGGCCAAUGGGAGGAUGAUGCCGUCCCUCAGGCCCAUCCAGAGCGUACCACUGCCUGGGAUGAGGGGGGCCAGCCCCAGCCCCCACUGUCUCACACAGAGACAGCCUUCAGACCUGGUCAGCAUGGUGUACAGUUGUAUCGGAGCAGAAGACAAGGACUCAGACAGUAGCUUUGAGACCAGACCAGUGGACAGAGACACUGACAGACCGAUUGCAUCAGACACCCAGACAGAGACCCGUGCCAAUGGACAUGCAAUGUCCUCCACUUCUCUGACUGACAGACUGCCUGACAGACUGCCUGACAGACAGACAGAUCUAGUCAGUCAGGACCUGUCGAUGCCCAGCGCUCAGACAGACACACAGGAGGAGGUGGACAGAGGGACAACGGGGACAGUCUCGUUGGACAGGCAGGAGGGCGCCCCCUGUGGACAGAAACCAGAACCCCUUUCUCAGAGCAGCAAACCCAGUCUGGCCAGCAUGAGACAGAGACAUCUGCAGGGGAGCUCCGAGAAAUCAACAGAUGAUGUAGGAUGGAUAGAUGGAGACGGGGUAGAAGAGGAGAAGACUGGAAGGAGACGUCAGGAUGUGCAGAAAGACAGAGGGGCAGAAGGACAGCGUCCUCCCAUUCCUGAAAAGCCUGGUAAAAAUAAUACUUCUCCAAAGACACCGCCUGCUGUCACUCCACCUGAGGAAAGAGCCAAUGAGAAAACCCCGCCUCCUGUGCCACCUGCGUCUACCAAGCCGGUGUUUGAAUCUUCCUAUCCUGCUGGUUGUCAAGAUGAGGGAGGAACAAAUGGUUAUCCACUGAAGGCACAUCGCAACAGGAAAGCAAACUCAUGUGACACAGGCAUGGAACGGGACAGUCCCAACGAUCUGGAGAGGGGGAUCUCAGAUCGCGAAUCCCCUGUGAAAAAACCCAGACUCCCCCAGAACAGAAACAGAUCUCUGGACCCCAGGACUGGGUGUCCUGAAAGUCCAGAUCCCGGCACCGGUGAGACGUCAUGACAACAACCGACAGGAGGCAAAGACAAUGUUCAGGACAACUGUCGGGAGAUGAGGAGAGUGAAGAGAGAUAGAUAGAGAAGGGAAGUUAGGAACUUGGUCACCAUAGACCCAACUGUCGUUAUCCUCAUAUACAGUAGUCAUUUCUCUCAUAUUGGCUGAACAUGCAUGUAUGCUCUGCUUUUUUCCUUUCAUACUCAGUUGCACUUGCUUUCAUUCCUUUACAGAGGAAACACACACACUGGUGUCUGAGGGCGCUCUGGUAUUCUCAUGCCCUGUUAUUUCUUGCACUUCUUGUUGUACAAACAUCUUUGAUCAUAUUUCUCAUUCUCCCUGGUCUUUCUGUCAUUGACAAUUUGUGACACUGCUACUGUAAGAAUGAGUUGGUAUUUAUUCUAAACCAGUAUUAUGUAAAUAUUCAAUAAGUGAACAAACUACACUAACCAUUGUUAUUACUAAGUCAUUACAUGGUAACAGGUAACUUCAUGUUUUUAUUUACAAUAAGGUUAUGAUGAAUAUGAUGUUGUAAGGAUGUUUUUCCUAUGGCAUAUGAUAAGUGAAGAUUGAGACGAUGACGUGUAUUGUUUAUCAUAUUACAGUAAUCUAGUAGUUUAUCAAUGGAACAUGAUGGCAGUUUGUUUUAAUCUGUUUUAAUUACAUUUUACAGGACUGAAAUAAGUAUAUUUUCAAAAAAUCCAUAUAAUUAAACGAUCAAUAAAAAUUGAUUUUUACCAAAGGAACCAAACUGAUGAUGCACUCUCUUGGGGACAAACAAAACCACCCUAACCUGACUUCUGCAUCAGGAACUCUUUUAUUUUUUUGGUGUGAGAUUAGGAUUUGGCCCACUAUGAAAAUUGCAUCCAUGGGUUUUGGAGCAGUACUAUGUAGUGCCAGGUAGAGGGAGCCAAAUACUUUGAGUUUAGAGAUGAAGCCAUUACUUGGAUGAGACAAAUUAGUAAGGCUGAGUUUAGACAAGUAGUCCAAUUCUGAUCUUUUUCAGAGCUGAUGUGAUUGGUCAAAAUAACAGAAUUGGGCUGCCUGUGUAAACACAGCCUAACUGCCCUUCUACACUACAGCCAUUGGGCGUCCGGCGUUGCCGUCAGACAUAAGUCGUUGAGGGGAUGCUUCCUUUGAAAUCAAUGAAAGCUGCUAUGCAGGCCGUGUUGCACUCGCAUCCAAGCUCAAGAAUCGCAGAGGUUCAAUUUGACGGCUGAUGCUUAUGUUCAUUCUAUCUUGUGAAUUGAAAUAAUGAGAAAUAAAGUUACAAAUGGCCUCCACUAGACACCGCUGGUUAUUUUACUAAGAUCUAUGAAGUCAAUAAGCGACUAGCUAGCAGAAACUGUAGCUAGCUAGCCACAUUGACUAUGUUCACAAUGUAAAGAAAAGCAGCAUGUGUAAUUUAGAGGAUCAUUUAGUAUAACCACUAGCAACAAUUUGAUAGUACUUGUUAAAAAUUGAACCAAAGCUAUUGUACUUACGCAUAAUCUAUAAAUAUGGUACAGUACAGUAGGGGAAAAUAGAAUAAAGAUGCUCUUCCCCUCUGCUCUCCGUGUUGAAGGUAGAAUGUCACAUUGACAUGAUGCACGGGACGCUUAUAGUGGAGCUGAAGUGUUAGCCACACAAACUAUACAUGAGGAGUGUCUGUGAAAAGUAUUUUUAAUAGAAUUGGUAGUGUCCAUUUGCUUGAGGUAGCCUUCAACUGAAAGACAGGCCAAGAAGAAAUUAAUCAAUGAAUUAGGCAAGGAUUAAAUUGGCUCUGUAAAAAGACUAUAUUCAUUAAUCGGUAACACUUUACAAUAAGGUUUCAUUUGUAAAGGGUUUAUAAAGGGUUUUGUAGUGUCUGAACAUUUAUAGCUUUGGCUGAGGUUUUCAUAUUGUUGGUUAAAUGAACUCUACUUUGCUUUGCUGAAACAUCUGGAAAGUAUUA